AUAAGACCUUUGCUGUCCGCUAACAUUUACUGGUUGAAAAAGAACCAGCACCAUUGUAACUUGCUAUAAAGGACGGUCAAAGUUUCCAUAGAAUGUACAAUUUAGGAUCCAGACUCUGUUCAAGUAUUUAGGCCACGCAGCUUAGGUAUAACUUGAGGCAUCCACACGCUGAACUGAAUCCUCACUUUCUCCCCAAAACACCUCCGUCCUCAGCCGAGACCUAGAACUUCAAUGAUGCAGCACCGUGACAAAGAGCCGAGGGAGGAAAAUGGAUGGGCGGCUCCGGAGAAGACUUUGGACAAGGAGCAGUUUAAGACCCAGGAACUGCUGAAGCAGUUUUUCCUGAUCCUCAACGUCAUGAGCUCCGAAACGCUGAAGCAGCUGGUGAAACGGGCCAAACGCCUGAGGGUUGACACAGAGGAAAGACUGAGGGGAGUCAUCAACAUCAUUCAGGAGAAGGCCAUGUCUGAGCCCAGCAGGUCGGAAGCUUAUGCCAAGAUGUGUUGCCACCUGAUCGGGAUCAGUGUCCAAAGCUCCACUGAGCCAGGAGGGUUGGUGACCUUCCAGAAGCUGCUCUUGCACCAGUGUCUGACAGCGUUUGAGAAUGUUCAUGACAGGAACAUGCAGACGGAGCGAGAGGAGGAGAAGUGGUGCGUUCCGGAAGAGCUGGAGGAAGCCCGGGCGGAGGCGAAGAAGCGAUUUGAGGGGAAUAUCAAAUUCGUGGGCGAGCUGUUCAAAGUCAAGCUCAUCAAAGUCGCCAUCAUGCACGAGUACGUCUCAAGGCUUCUGAACCAUUCGGAUGAGGUGUCUCUGGAGGGCCUGUGCCAGCUGCUGCAUGCCAUCGGGAAGGACCUGGACUUGAGUCGGGAGAAGCAAGUCCUCAUGGACCAGCACUUCAGCAGGAUGGACAGGAUUGUUACAGAGGGGAGAAGCUCCCCCAGGAUCAGCUACAUGUUGCAGGAUGUGAUGAACCUUCGAAAGAACCAAUGGGUGACAGAUGGAGCUGAGACCUCCACCCAGAACCACCGCAGUGCAGAGCAGGUGAAGCAGCAGCGGCAGGACGUCCCCUUCGGUGAUUCCAGGUUUGGUCAAAGGAGCAGAUGGAAAAGAGCCCAGAGACGGAGGGAUCGCUUCAGACAGUCGUCCUCUGGAGAACAAGAUGCCGUCGGUGAAAUCCACUGCCAGAACAAGGCUGAGGAGCCGCGACAUGCUGAAGAGCAGCUGAGGUCUGCAGGAGCCAAGAAAAUCUCAGAGAAUGUCGAGACGGGUGAGUCAGAGUUUUCAGAAGAGCUGGAGGAAAGGAAGGACGGUUCCCCAGAAGUGAUCUCUCAGGUGGACACGCAGAUCCGGGACGAGUGUGACUCCAGCAAGACGGUGGAGUCUGUGGAGUUUACAGAGGAGUCGGUGAAACACGAGGCGAGUCCUACAGAAGGGACCACUCAAGAGGAAACGGAGCUCCAGAAUGAUUCGGACCAUCAGAAUAGUUCUGAUUCUUCUGAUUCCCUAAAAGUUCCGACAGUGGAGUCAGGGAAAAGAGAGGUGAGACCCACAGAGGUGACCACUCAGGCGAAGAUCCAGGAUGACUCGGACCACCAGAAUACUUCUCAGAAGAAGACAGUGCUUGGUGAGGAACUUCAGGAAGAUGUAAGUGCAUUUAGUUCUGCAGGACAGACCCAAGAAGACUCCACAGUUCAGGACAUACCUGGUGACCAACAUACUGCUGAGUCAGAGUUUUUGGAAGAAGCCAAGGAGAAGAAGCACAGCUCUCCUGAGGACACCUCUGUGGAGGUCCUGGAGCAGGUGGACCACCAGAGCAGCAAGACUGUGGAGUCAGAAGUGGGUCCUCAGGUACAGGUCCAAGACGAUGAGCAGGAUUCUGACAGUGCUGAGUUUCAGGCCUCUGCUGAGCAGAAUGGGAAGCUGCGUGUAGAGACCAGGAUGAGCUCAGAAGACCUGACCAGACACCUGGACAGCAUGAUCCAGAGGCAGGCCAGCAACAGGGAGAUUUCUGACUGGAUUGAGGAGAACCUGGACCCGCAGCAAACCUCCUCCUCCACGUUCGUGAGGAGCCUGAUGACCUGCAUCUGCCGCUCUGCCAUCAGCUAUCAGAAGAUCUACAAGGUGGACAUCAAGCUGAUCUGCCUGAGGAGGAGGCUCCUGUGGAAGUACGUGGAGGGUGAAGAGAAGGAGCUGCAGGCUCUGUACGCCCUGCAGGCCCUGAUGGUGAAGAUGAAGCACCCGAACUAUCUCAUGCAAAUGUUCUUUGACGAACUCUACGAGUGCGACGUGAUCUCCAGAGGUGCCUUCUACAGGUGGGAGUCGAGCCGGGACCCCGGCGAGCAGGACGGCAAGGAGGCGGCGCUGCGCUCUGUCGCCUUCUUCUUCACCUGGCUCAGAGAGAUCGUGGAGAAGUUGGACUCGUACUAGAUUUUUAUCCACAUUUUCAUCCAGCUGGAAGUCAGUUCUUAGCCCUAAAAAUCAUUCCUUAAGUUUUUUUUUUUUUUUUUAUAAAUCUAUGUGUGCAAAAAAAAAAUGCUUUCUAUUGUUAUAGUAAAUGUUUAUGAGACGUCAAUG